AUGAGGAGCUCCUUUGAGAUGACGAUGAUGCUGGCGGUGACGGGGAUCACAAACUUCUGCAUGUUCCCCGCCAUCUACAGCCUCUACCGCCGGCAAUUCGUCUUCGAGGCUUUCAUCGGUUUGUUCACCAUGGCCACCAGCUUCAUGUACCACGUGUGUGACAGCAUCGAUGGACCGUUGUGGCUUACUGAAGGACAAUGGCAUCGGCUCGAUAACAUUGGCUCGAUUAUGAGCUUCGUGAUGUGGAGCAUUCAUCUCAUGGAUCUCGGGGUUCACCCAGUUCUGGAGCGUUACGUGCAGUACUUCUUCCUGGGGAUGGUAUUGGUCUUCCAAGAAAAAAAUCCGUGGGAUGAACGCAACUCCGUGAUUCCUGUUGCUAGCAGCUUCGUGCUGCUGCUCAUGACGUAUGCAAUGCGAAGGCGCGUGCCCACGUACGACUACCAGCAGUUCCGGCGAGGGCUGUUGCUACUGGUAUGCGGCAUCUUGUGCUUCGUACGUGGUCUGGACGACGAUACAGAUCCGUUCCGCUUUUUCCACGGCUGCUGGCACGGGUUCGUCGGAGCUGCUGCAUACUACAAUUUUAAAGUGCUGCCCGACCGAAAUGAUCAGCGAAGAUCGCACUUGCCCAUCAAAAGGCAAGACUAA